UCGCUCCGUUCCGCGGCGCUCCGCGCGUGCUGGCGGCGCAGCGCCCCGCGGCCGGGCUCAAACGGCGGCCGCCCCGUCGGCGCCGCGGCGCGCCCGCGGAGGGGCGGCGCUGGGGGCGGCGGCUCGGCGGCGGCAACUUUUGGGAGCCGGCGGAGGCUGCGCGGGGGAUGGCGGCGGUGGCGGCGCUGAGGCGGAGGCGCUGAGGACAGCGGCGGCGGCGCGAUGCCGGCGGCGGCCGGGGGGCUGCUGUGGUGGAGCUGCUGUGUGCUGGUGGUGGCGGCGGCCGGAGCCCCGCGGGCCGCCGCGGCGGCGCAGGCAGUGUGUGCCGGCACCGAGAACAAGCUGAGCUCCCUCUCUGACCUGGAGCAGCAGUAUCGGGCUCUGCGCAAGUACUAUGAGAACUGCGAGGUAGUGAUGGGCAACCUGGAAAUCACCAGCAUCGAGCACAACCGAGACCUCUCCUUCCUGAGGUCUAUCCGAGAAGUCACGGGCUAUGUUUUGGUGGCUUUGAAUCAGUUUGAAUACUUGCCUCUGGAGAACCUGCGCAUCGUUCGUGGGACCAAACUCUAUGAAGAGCGCUAUGCCUUGGCAAUAUUUCUGAACUACAGAAAGGAUGGUAACUUUGGACUCAGGGAACUUGGGCUGAAGAACUUGACGGAAAUACUCAAUGGAGGGGUGUAUGUUGGCCAGAACAAAUUCCUUUGCUUCGCAGACACCAUUCAUUGGCAGGAUAUCGUGCGUAACCCCUGGGCCUCCAACUUCACUUUGGUUCCAACAAAUGGCAGCUCAGGAUGUGGUCGGUGCCACAAGUCCUGCACAGGCCGAUGCUGGGGACCCACAGAGAAUCACUGCCAGACCUUAACGAAGACAGUGUGUGCAGAGCAAUGUGAUGGACGGUGCUACGGGCCCUAUGUCAGCGACUGCUGCCACCGGGAGUGCGCUGGAGGCUGUUCUGGACCUAAAGACACUGAUUGCUUUGCCUGUAUGAAUUUCAAUGACAGUGGUGCAUGUGUCACACAGUGCCCCCAGACUUUUGUAUACAAUCCUACCACCUUCCAGCUGGAGCACAAUCACAAUGCCAAGUACACCUAUGGGGCUUUUUGUGUCAAAAAGUGCCCACACAACUUUGUGGUAGAUUCUAGCUCUUGUGUCCGUGCGUGUCCAAGCUCCAAGAUGGAGGUUGAAGAAAAUGGUAUUAAGAUGUGCAAGCCCUGCACUGACAUUUGUCCUAAAGCAUGUGAUGGCAUUGGAACAGGGAGUUUAGUGUCAGCUCAGACAGUGGAUUCCAGCAACAUUGACAAGUUCAUAAACUGCACCAAGAUCAAUGGCAACCUUAUCUUCCUUGUUACUGGGAUUCAUGGAGACCCAUAUCACACAAUUGCUGCAAUCAAUCCAGAGAAAUUAAAUAUCUUCCAAACAGUGAGAGAGAUAACAGGGUAUUUGAACAUCCAGUCAUGGCCUGAGAAUAUGACAGAUUUCAGGGUGUUUUCUAACUUAGUUACUAUUGGUGGAAGAGCCCUCUAUAGUGGUCUUUCCUUACUCAUCCUAAAGCAACAAGGCAUUACUUCUCUGCAGUUUCAGUCCUUGAAGCAGAUCAGUGCUGGCAACAUCUACAUAACAGACAACAGCAAUUUGUGCUAUUACCACACAGUCAACUGGUCCAGCCUCUUCAGCACACCCAGUCAAAAGACAGUGAUUCAUCGAAACAAAAAGGCAGAGAACUGCACUGCUGAUGGAAUGGUGUGUAAUGAGUUAUGCUCAAGUGAUGGCUGUUGGGGGCCAGGCCCAGACCAGUGUCUCUCCUGCAAGCGCUUCAUCAGAGGCAGGACCUGCAUAGACUCCUGUAACCUGUAUGAUGGGGAAUUUCGGGAAUUUGCAAAUGGUUCUGUCUGUGUGGAGUGUGAUCCCCAGUGCGAAAAGAUGGAAGAAAACAUGAUCACAUGCUACGGGCCGGGACCUGACCACUGCACAAAGUGUUUCCAUUUUAAGGAUGGUCCAAAUUGUGUGGAAAAAUGCCCUGAUGGCUUACAAGGGGCCAACAGCUUCAUUUUCAAAUACGCUGAUGAGGAUCGUGAGUGCCAUCCGUGUCAUCCAAACUGCACCCAAGGGUGCAUCGGGCCACGUCUUGAGGACUGCAUCGGCCUGAUGGAUAGGUGUAGAGGUCCCGCUAGUCAUGACUGCAUUUACUAUCCAUGGACACGACAGUCCACUUUACCACAACAUGCUAGAACCCCUCUGAUCGCUGCUGGAGUUAUUGGUGGCCUCUUCAUCAUCGUCAUUCUGGGCCUGACGUUUGCUGUGUACGUUCGGCGCAAAAGCAUUAAGAAGAAGAGAGCACUGCGAAGAUUCCUGGAGACUGAGCUUGUGGAACCCUUGACUCCAAGUGGCACAGCACCUAACCAAGCACAGCUUCGUAUCCUGAAGGAAACUGAGCUUAAACGAGUCAAGGUUCUUGGCUCUGGAGCCUUUGGAACUGUCUACAAGGGUAUUUGGGUCCCUGAGGGAGAAACUGUAAAGAUUCCUGUGGCUAUUAAAAUCCUUAAUGAGACCACUGGUCCAAAAGCCAAUGUGGAGUUUAUGGAUGAAGCUCUUAUCAUGGCCAGCAUGGACCACCCACACCUGGUGAGACUCCUGGGUGUCUGCUUGAGCCCGACCAUUCAACUUGUCACUCAGCUGAUGCCUCACGGCUGCCUGUUGGAUUAUGUUCAUGAACAUAAGGAUAAUAUUGGCUCCCAGCUGCUGCUAAACUGGUGUGUCCAAAUAGCUAAGGGAAUGAUGUACCUGGAAGAGAGGAGACUUGUCCAUCGUGACUUGGCAGCUCGUAAUGUCUUGGUAAAAUCACCAAACCAUGUGAAGAUCACUGACUUCGGCUUGGCCAGACUUUUGGAAGGGGAUGAAAAGGAGUACAAUGCUGAUGGAGGGAAGAUGCCAAUUAAAUGGAUGGCUCUGGAGUGCAUACACUACAGGAAGUUUACCCAUCAGAGUGAUGUUUGGAGUUAUGGAGUCACUAUCUGGGAGCUUAUGACCUUUGGUGGGAAGCCAUACGAUGGAAUCCCAACUCGAGAGAUCCCUGACCUCUUGGAGAAGGGAGAGCGGUUGCCCCAACCCCCAAUCUGCACCAUUGACGUUUAUAUGGUGAUGGUGAAAUGCUGGAUGAUUGAUGCUGACAGUCGGCCAAAAUUCAAGGAGCUGGCUGCUGAGUUCUCUAGAAUGGCUCGAGACCCUCAGCGAUACCUCGUCAUUCAGGGAGAUGACCGUAUGAAGCUCCCAAGCCCAAAUGACAGCAAGUUCUUCCAAAACCUUCUCGAUGAGGAAGACCUGGAAGAUAUGAUGGAUGCUGAAGAGUAUCUUGUCCCUCAAGCCUUCAACAUUCCUCCUCCCAUCUACACCUCCAGGACAAGAAUUGAUUCCAACAGGAGUGAAAUUGGACACAGCCCUCCUCCUGCCUACACCCCUAUGUCAGGAAACCAGUUUGUGUAUCGCGAUGGUGGCUAUGCUGGAGAAGUGCCGAUGCCCUACAGAGCUCCUGGCUGCAUAAUACCAGAAGCCCCAGUUGCUCAAGGGGCUACAGCGGAGAUCUUUGAAGAUACUUGCUGUAACGGCACACUACGAAAGCAAGUGGCAACCCUGGCGAAAGAGGACAGCAGCACCCAGAGGUACAGCGCUGAUCCCACAGUCUUCAUACCUGAGCGGGUUGUCCGGGGAGAGCUGGAUGAGGAUGGGUACAUGACGCCGAUGCGAGACAAGCCUAAAACAGAAUACCUAAACCCGGUGGAAGAGAACCCAUUUGUUUCCCGGCGAAAGAACGGAGAUCUCCAAGCUGUGGACAACCCGGAAUAUCACAAUGCUCUGAACGGGCAGCCCAAGGCAGAGGAUGAGUACGUGAACGAGCCAUUGUACCUCAACACGUUUGCCAACACCUUGGAAAAAGCUGAGUACCUGAAGAACAAUUUGCCAGAGAAAGCCAAGAAGGCCUUUGACAACCCAGACUACUGGAACCACAGCCUGCCGCCACGAAGCACCCUCCAGCACCCGGACUACCUGCAAGAGUACAGCACAAAGUACUUUUACAAACAGAACGGCCGGAUCCGGCCCAUUGUGGCAGAGAAUCCUGAAUACCUCUCCGAGUUCUCCCUGAAGCCUGGCACUGUGCUGCCCCCGCCACCCUACAGACACCGGAACACAGUGGUGUAGUGACCGCCGUCUUACACAAGUGGAAAGGCAACCCCUUCUAGCUGCCUCACUCUUUCUCUCUCUCCCCUUUCUCCCUCCUUCUCUCCCUUUCUUUCUCCCAUGAGCUUCCUUUUCUUGCCAGUUCACUCAUUUUUGAUAUUUCUAAGUGAAAGGAUGUCUCGCAGUUGUUUGCAGAUUGGGUUGGGAACCUGGAAAGAAGGAAGGAAAGAGACUGAAAGAAGGCACGUACAACCUGGCAUUUCUCACUUUCUGCAGAUCUGGAGGCUCGGAUGGUCGGAGAAGCCAGACAGUACCAGUAAAGGCCAGUGGCAGUGUCGCCUGCUGUCAAGCUAGUUCUCAGUGAUUCAACCCACACGCUGCAGGGAAAGCCACAGAGAGGCUGUUUGUUCCAGCAGGAUCUAGUGAGAGUCUGUACAGCAUUCCUGGAAAUCUCGAUGCAGUUUCCAUCAGGGGGGAAAAUGGACAAUUUUUAUAUCAGGUGUGAUAGCACAGUAAUUGAGAUUGAGAAUCCAAUUUCUUUCGCUAACACUUUCUAGCCCAGCAACUGAAAAAGGCUAACCUGGCUUUUCAUAACCAUUCAGACCUUCACCGUGGCUUUCCAAGAAAUGAUGAUGGGACUCUAAUACAUGGCUAAACCCUUUUUCUGAGCCACACCAUGAUUUUGUGCCAAUUUCUAACCACAGAGACUCCCACUUAGAACUGGGACGUGACACGACCAUUUUUGUACAUGUGCCAACAUGACAAACACAAAACCCUUUCGGAAGGGAGUAACAAAACCACUCCUUCAACAUGUCCUUUUUGAAGCUAAAAGGCCAAGAAACCAAGAUUUGUAUGCAGAACACUUUGCUUUCCUGUUUUAUACCUGCUGAGUAUAAAUACAUACUAAAACCUAAACAAUUCCUUCCCUCUUUUUCUUCUCCAUGAUCAUGAAGGGAGUUGGGGAUGCUGUCAGGCAACACUGAGGACAAGACAGAGAACUGGACAGUUUGAUCUGGGUCAUGAAGUCUGCUGGUGUUCUGUGGGGCGGUGGUGGGAAGGGUCCUUUAAACUGGAAGACAGACACUGGACUGGAGAAAACUCACAUAGCAGUUCACUGGAAAGUUAGUUUGCACUUUGCUCUGAUUUUAUUUGAACUGUUUUCUGGAUUUUGAAUGAAGCAAUAUGGAAGUGACCAGCAAAAUACAAAAUACUCAUUUUAAAUU